AUGGGGGAGUGGAAGAACGACAAAAGAAGUGGCUACGGCAUAAGCGAACGCUCAGACGGUCUCCGCUACGAAGGCGAAUGGUACAACAACAAAAAGUACGGCUACGGAGUGACGACGUUCAGCAACGGCGAGAAAGAAGAAGGCAAAUACAAGAACAACGUACUGAUAACCAGCCAAAAGAAAAAGCUCUUCCUGAUGCGGAGUGCCAAGUUCCGAGAGAGGAUAGACGCCGCAGUGAACGCUGCCCAGCGAGCAUCGAAGAUAGCCCUGCAAAAGUCCGACAUAGCCAUUAAUCGAACGGCGACUGCGCGAGGCAAAGCGGAGCAAGCGGACAUAGCCGCAGCGCACGCGCGGGAAGACUCGGACAUAGCGGAAGGCGUGGCCAAACAGUACGCGCCUGACUUCAAGCAGCCCGGCUUGGAACGACUGAAAGCUAGGCAGAACAAGUACCGCGAGAUGCAGCUGCAAAACCAGAGCCUAGAGCAGAAGCCAAAUGUGAAUUCCUCAGACCAAAUACCCAAUAAACUUCCCAAUCAAAUUCCGAACCAGAUUCCGAACCAAAUACCCAACAAGGUCAACCAGAUGCCCAACCAAAUUCCAAACCAAAUUCCGAACCACAACCAGAACAAUCCGUACUCGCAAGGGCAGCAUCAGCUGCACAACGAUACCAGUCCGGCUGCUAACAAACCCAAUAACCCCUACGGCAACCCACCUCUUAACAACCCCUACAACAACCCCAACAAUCCUUCCGUGCCAAUGAACGAGUUCAGGCCCCAGUUGGGAAACAACCCUGGCGAGAACAACUCCGGGCACGAAUUCAAUUCCUCGCCGAACAAGAGAAAUUCGAUCGCUGGCGAAGACAAUCCGGGUAGCAAUUCGUUGAGGAGAAUGUCCAGAAGAGUUUCCGGCGAUAGGCCGUAUUUGGGAAGUAUAGGACAGCAAUCUUCCAUUGAUCAUUUCGAUCAUUACAAGAGGCCGCCUAGUAGGGACUCAAGUGUUGACAGGUACUCUAGGGCAACCGGCCGCCUCAGCAACACCAUGACCUCCAGACAACCCUCGGUCGACCGCUCCUCCAACCACCGGCUAGCCGACACCCCCGACCGCACCCUGCGCGCUCCCUCCGCCCUCCGGGGCGCCUCCCCUGUCCCUCCCAACGCUCCCACCGCCACCAGGAACGGCGCUGUCCUCACCGGCGCCGCUGCCAAGUUGGCGGGCAACCCUGGCACGCCCCAGGUACCGCCCUUCGAGGAUAUCAUCCUGAGGAAGCGGGGAUUGGGGCAGGACAUCGUGCCGUCGCCGAACCAGCCCAAGAGGACGGAGAGCCUGUUCAUUCCUGGCGGGGACAAGCCACAGGCUAUGAAGGUCAACGUGAAUCAGAACCUGGCGACACAGACGUCGCUGCAGCGUAAGAAAUCCCUACCAGACGUGCAGGACCUGCCCCGCUCGACGGGCGCCAUGUCGCGCGAAGAGGUGUCCUACUUGGGCUCGGCGCGGCGCGAGGAGGUGCGCCGGCAGCACGACGAGCACGAGCGGCUGCGCGCCAAUCCGCUGCUCUACCUCGUCAGUCCGCAAGUCAAGGACUGGUUCACGCGCCAACAGCUGGUCCUUGUAGUGCUCUUCAUCAACAUUUCGCUGGCCAUCAUGUUCUUCAAGCUGCUGACAUAGUACAGGCUGAGCGUCGAUGGACGCGGACACUAGAAAAGUUCCAAACAAACAAAAUUGUAACAAUUAUGGACACUCGACAACAAGCACGCCGCUUGCCCUAACGAGCUUCGUUCUGAAGGGUAUCGCGAACCCAGUGACGUAACUAUAAUGGCGAUUAGCCCGGAACCUGAGGCCGCAAACAUGUUGGAGCUGUGAUAGAUGACUAGAGCUAUCAACAGGAGAAAAAAACGAACUCAAAGUCGGUCGACCACAAUAUUUAAUAUAAAAAUAAUCAGUGUGUGACUAUAGUUUCGGCUGUACGGCCAUCUUCAGACACAAUGGAAAAAGUAGGUACCUUUUAUGUAGAAAACAUCUUAACAAGGCUGGAUUGAUCCUUGUUUAUAACGACCGGAUACUUUUUUCAUUGUGUCUGAGGAUAGCCGUUGAUUCGAAAAUAUAGUGACACUCUGAUUAUUUUCAUAUUUAAUAUUGUGGUCGACCGACUUUGAGUUGGUUUUUUUCUCCUGUGGAAAAAUACUGGAUCACUUUGAGAAUGGAUGGUUACCAUGACUUGACUAGAGCAAUGAUAAUACUACGCCCUAAUAACACAUCUCCAUCCAUUGGACAUCCAAUGGAUAUCCUCAACAGGAUAUCCAUAGGAUAACCACAUUGUGUACACAGGACAUCCUAUGGAUGGUUCCACAUUUUAGGACAUACAUGCGUUAUCCAUGAUUUGUCGCCACAAUGGACAUCCUGACAAUAAACUUAUGGAUGUCCAAUAUGUACGGCCGUCCAUGGACAUUAAUAGGCUUCCGGAUGGAGUACACACUUGAACAUCAGCUGGAUAUACAACGAUUUACAUUAAAAUAUAGUUUCAAUUGGCGUCCAUGGAUGUCUUGGACUUCAAAUGGAUAAAAAAUGGAUGUCCUCUGGAUAACGUGUGUUAUUAGGGCGUAAGCGAAACUCGCUUGUGGUCACCGCUAAUGUAUGCAACACACAUCACAUUACUAUGCGAUCAAUCAUAGAAGAAAAACCGAAAAUAUGAAUAGAAAAAUCCGUUACCGAUGAGGCAAAUUGUUU